AUGAAUGACAAGCCGUCCACCGAUGGCCACAUCGGCGCCGACAUCGGACUCACCACCGAUGAGGCGCUCAAACGGCUCUAUCAACAGAUCGACGAACAGCUGACCGAAUGUCGCGUGCGUCCCGACGGCACAGACACCGUGUGGUACCUAUUGGUGGAGUCGUUCCGACACACGUCGGUCUCGUCGACCUUCCGGUGGCCAUCGAUGGCGCUCUUGACGUACGCGACGAUUGUCUACUAUAUCGGCUACGCUUACGGCCACUUCACCGCUCGGGUGCCGCUCUUCAUAGAGGCCACCAUUCUUCUGGUGACACUCGUGUUCAACGUUGUGCUCACCUUCUGGAACACCCGCAGCCGUCACGCGGAGAUCCGACGCAAAGCCCAACUCCUGUCGCAACAGAUCCGCCGCUGUUAUGACAGCCAACAGUUGAUUGAUUUGUGGAAAUCGCAGCGCUAUUACCCGCACGUGAAUACACCCCAAUCGCCCUGUAUUUCACUCCAGUGGACGUUUCGCGACCGCCGACGCGUCAAUCUGCCCGCACCGCUGCUCGUGGCCGGCGAUGUCAUACUCAUGAGUCCCGGACGCGCCGCACCCGCCAAAUGUCGCUCCAUUGAUACGGUUGUGACGCCGAUUGUGGUCACAGCUCCUCCUCCACCGGCGCCGUCCAAUCAAACCCAUAUCAAUACAGACUCCAUAUCUGGUCCGCCGCCACCGCCUCCGUCCGCCACUCAUUACUGUUUAAACAGUGGCGAACUGUUUGUGCCAACUGUUGACUUCGCCACCGACUCAUUCACAAUACCCCGCCUGAGACGGGCGGCCAAAGCCGUCCGAUUUGUGGUGUUGGAGACGCCGUUCAUAUCGGACCUGAAGACCGCCAUCUCUGCCCAAUCGACGCGAACCAUUGCCACCGCUUUCGAGAAGGAACUCAAUCUGAUUUCUGUCCGCUAUGUGGAGCGCAUAAUAAUACCGGUCAUUUGGACGGUCAUAACGCUGGUCAGUGCCAUACACUACGGCUAUCUCGAGUCGUUUGGCAACGAAAUGGUCACCACGUGGUCGGCGUCCAUCACUCUAUUGAUGUUACGGCCAGUGAUGGCUAUCCUACCGCUGCUGCCGCUGGCGUUACCCAUCUGUUGGCUUACGCUAAACGUCUACGGAUUGUCGCAUUUGUUUCAAAUCUGUGCCUCAAAUUUUGACAAACAGGACAUCACUAACAUUGAGGGCAGUCCCGGAAGUAUACUCACCGGCAGUAACAUCGGGAGAGCGAAGGAACAGUACUUCAAGACCAGCAAAGAGUUUUACAUCGAAGAGCUCGACUCCGAGCGCUCUACCGCACCGCUCAUUGACUCCAAACUCAGUUGCUUUGAUAUGAUAUUUAAGAUGAAGGACUUAUUGUCCAGUAAUGACACGAACCUCUGGCGUACGGCUAAUCUGUUGCACGUUUUGGGCAGUAUUACCGCAUUCUGUUGUGUCGACAAAAAGGGUAUCCUCUCGUGGCCUAACCCGACGGUCGAUAAGGUCUUCUUCCUGACCGCCAAUCACUCGAAGUUGAAUAAACAUAUGUCAGAAGAUUCGGACACCAAUUCGGACGAAGACUCGGAUGACUCCGACCGACACCACAGACACGAUAAGCGAAAGCAUAAGACUUCGCUGAUGUCGAGCUCGAAAGCCGAUUGCAUGCAACUGGACAUCACUCACGACCCGCACAACGCCUAUGGCCUGCAAUUCGAUGACACCGAAUGGCAAAAGUAUUUAUCAAACCUGAAACCUCUGGGUUUAGCCAUUUUGCUCAAUACAUGCAAUCAAGAGGCGCAGGAAGAUUUCAUCCAAUUCUGCGAUCACGUGUCCUGUGAGUCACUUCACAACGAGGCGGCCGUUCCGGUGGUCAACAAGCGGUGUCUCUGCGAACUCGCCCGACAGAUAGGCUUCACGGAGAACGCCAUCAAAGGCUACGAAUACAGCUCACAGAUAGCGAUGUUUCGCCACAUCCGACCGGAGGUCAUACAGAAGGGAAAACUGGCCAAAAGCCUCAACUUUCCGCGCCUGAAGAUGCCGUUCCCGAACAUGACAUCAGCGGUGAUCAAAGACGUCUAUUCCAACACAUUUCAAAUCUUCUCUCAGGGAACGGGAGAUCUGAUACUCGACGCCUGUAUGGAGUACUGGGACGGACACGACCUCUCCGUACUGACCGACUCCGACCGCAAACGCAUUCUCGACUUCUACCACAGAAGUAGUCUCACCUCCUAUUGUACAGCAUUUUCUUACGUUCCGCUCAAUUCAAUGCAGGAAACCAUUAGUUUAAACGACUGUUACAUUGAGUUGACUCCCGAUUCGAGUCAUUUGUUU